UCGUUCACACUCUCUCUCUCUUUCUGCAGUGGCACAAAUGUAGAUCAGAAGGUUUUCAGUUGCUGUGGUUUUCCUGUUUGUAGGUGGGAUAUAGAGAUGCAAAAGUUGUUUGUUAAAUGUGCUCAGAAAAUGUCUCGUGAAGGAAUUACAAACUUGAAUCGAAACGAUCGUUCUUUGUAUGGUGGAACAUUGGUUGGAUGUUGUUUCGCUCGUGUGAGAAUAUACUUUACCUGUAUCAUUCCUGUAAUUUUGCUUGUUUGUGUAGGCAACAAAAACACCACAAAAUGCCAUGAGAGUGGGUGCAAGAUUGAGUAAUUAUGAGUCACUGUCUGCAAUCAUGUAGCUCAGAGUUAAGGCAAUUAAAAAGCAAUUUUUCAUUAAGUUUAAUAGAGUACUUUUUUAUUUUUCAAGUUAUUAAUUUCAAUUUGUUGAGAAACAUGCAUCAAUUAUGGCAUUUGUUGACUUUUUAUUUUUUUUAAGGAUUGAUUAUUGUUUAGCACAAGAUCUAGACACCAUAAAAGUGUUUGUUUAAAUGUAUAACAUUCUCUGGCUAACCUGGGUUAAUGUUUCUUUUAGUGACAUUUUUGCAUUUUUGCCUUUAGAUGACAAAUCAAAUGAAAACAAAUAUCCAAGGUGACAGAAAAGACAUGAAAGGUAGAUAAAGAGGGUGGUGAAAUGAACAGCGGAGCAGGAACUUAGAGAGCAAAAAAUAAGAAAAAAAGAUGCUGAGUGGUGCAGGUGACGGAGCGGCGCUUUAAGUCAGCCUAUGAGAGUUGAGAUAGCAAGUGCAGCAAUAGGAGAAACCCAAAAGUAGAGUUCUUUGCGGCAAAGGCCCUGUAGAUGAGGACACAUCUUAACGGCUCACACAAAACAGUGAAAUUUAAGGUUUAGAUUACUUAAGCAGAUAUGAACAUAUUACAAAGCUGAAUAUUGGGAUUGCUGAAAUUUGGCUCAGGGACUAGUGAGGAGGGUGGACUGGACCCAAGAAGGGGCAAGCUGUGUAGGUGUAAGAAUUAAAAAACAUGAUGGCACACUCAGUGUGAGCUGUGAGUUAGGUGUGAGUUUACACUGCAGCGUAUGUGUGAACUGGUCUCCAGUGUGGUUCCAGAUUUCUGCUGAGCAGAAACGUGUGGUGUCUUGAAGACUUGUGUGCUGCUACUUAUAGGUUAUGGACUCAAUUGCAUUGUUAACUGUGGUAGGCGUGGCUGUCCUCCUGUCAAUCAUCUUAGUUUCCAGCUUUUGCAUCGACUGCUGGUGGAGAAAACAACCAAUCUCCAUCCCUCAAAGGACCAGUGAGGACCCAGACUACAACCCAAAUGCCGGUUUUGUGGUUCGGCAUCCCCAGUCUACAUAUGCACCCCAUCCAGACCAUCACAGAAUCACAACCAUACCUUACCAACUACCCAAUUCUCCAUCAAUGACAGCAGUGAAGGCCCCCUCGUGUCCUCCCUCUGAGACUGGGAGUCAAGCCAGCUACGUUAACCAACAUGACUGUGAAGAUGAGCCAUACCUUCAGCCCCCAGAUGAGUCUGAUAACAAUUACAUAAUUGUGAUUGCAGAUUCCCCGAACAGAACCAGCAGAGCAUCAUCUCAUAGCUCAGGAGAAAAUUACAUUAACGUAGAAAACGAAGACGCGAUCAAAUCUUCAUGUGACACACGUGCCGAGUGCAAUGACUCGGACUCAGACUGCCCUGAUUAUGAAAAUCUCAAAGACAACCUCCACAUCGGAAACCAAACCCCUGCUCAAUCCUUUGGCAGCAUAAACAGUGAUGACCGGGGCAGCUCUGAUUAUGUCAACACAGACCCUCAUGCAUCCUAAUCAAGUGCCAUUUACUAUUAACCCGAGGAAAACCGGACAUCAGAAGCCUAGAAGAACCUCGAGUUUUCAAAUGCUCCGGUGUUGGAAUUUAGAUUGCAUGAAGAGCAUACAGAAUUAUAUAAAAAACCUCCUAAACCCUUACAACAGAUCUGCUGACGAUACCUGAGAAUGUUUUAAAUAGUUUUUCUUUAAAGUAUUUUUGCUGUUUACAUUGUACUGCAUCAUGGCUUCAACCUUUAAUAUGACCUGACCACUUUAAUGACUUUUUUUGCUUUUGAUUUGCCAUGUAUUAAAAUGCUACUAUCUAUUUGUUAGGAACUGGGUGAAAUAAAGCAUGACCAAAUCA